AUGGAAAAUAAAAGAAAUGAUAAUCCCAAUGAUAAGGCAGGUGUGAUUAAUAAAGGCGUUACGAAUCCUGUCUCACAACUAUCCAGCGCGUUAAAACAAGUAAAUAUUGGAAGUGCGGGAUCUGUUCCAAAUGAUGUUAGAUUUGAUAUAAAUGGUGAUACAAGUUUAAUGGAAAGUUCACAAAGUCAAAGUGAUGAAUCUCAAGAAUAUUCGAGAAUUACGAGUUUUUUUCAAAAUCAACCAAUUGAUGGUUACACAUUGUUUUCACAUAGAUCUGCACCGAAUGGUUAUAAAGUUGCAAUUACUUUAAGUGAGCUCAAUUUAAAAUAUAAUACAAUUUUUCUUGAUUUUAAUAAAAGGGAGCAUAGAGCACCAGAAUUUGUAGCAAUGAAUCCUAAUGCAAGAGUACCAGCAUUAAUAGACCAUUGUUUGGAUAAUUUAGCCCUUUGGGAAUCGGGAGCUAUUUUAUUACAUUUAGUAAACAAAAAUUGGAAAGAUACAGGGAAACCUACUCUUUGGUCUGAUGAUAUUGGUGAACAAUCUCAGAUAACUGCGUGGUUAUUUUUCCAAACUUCUGGUCAUGCACCAAUGAUUGGACAAGCACUUCAUUUCAAAUAUUUCCAUACUCAGAAAAUUCAAAGUGCAAUUGACAGAUAUACAAACGAAGUAAGAAGAGUGUAUUCCGUCAUUGAGAUGGCUUUAGCUGAAAGAAGGGAAGCUUUAAUAAUGGAAUUUGAUUCUGAAAAUGCUUCAGCUUAUUCAUCGGGGACUACACAGAUGUCUCAAAGUAAAUUUUUUGAAUAUCCUGUGUGGCUUGUUGGUGAUCAAAUUACUAUAGCAGAUAUAUGUUUUGUUCCUUGGAAUAAUGUCGUUGAUAGAAUUGGAAUAAAUAUUAAAACAGAGUUUCCUGAAGUGUAUAAAUGGACGAAACAUAUGAUGAGAAGGCCAGCUGUUAAUAAAGCUUUCCGUGGUGAAUAA